AUGAGUGCUCUUCUCCCUUUUCGUGACAUCAAUGUCCACGCCUCCUCCACCCACUAUGCCUUCUCAUCCCCAUCCUCCCCAUCAGCCCCUACCCUUGUUAUAGAGCGUCCAUCUGGUGAUAUUCGUCUUCACGAUGGAAAGCUGCUGGGUGGUCAAAGAGUUACCAGUAUUCAGGGAAUUCUCGGAAUCAUCAGUCUGCGUCUCGGUAUGUUCUUUUACAUCAUUGUAAUCACAAAGGCCCAGGCUAUGGGCAGAAUCAAGGGCCAUCAAAUCUACAGAGUCGUCGCUACUGAAUUGCUGCCUCUGCGCGAGAGACAAGUCCGUGAUCCUGACGAGGACAUCUAUAUCGGUCUCGUCAACACUCUUCUCAAGACUAGCCCUUUGUUCUUCUCAUACACUUUCGAUCUUACAAACAGCUUCCAACGACAGGCCGAAAUUGAUCAAAACUCUCCUAUUUGGGCAAGAGCCGAUGAUCGCUUCUUCUGGAACAAGUUCAUCCAAUCCGAUCUCAUCAACUUCCGUCAAGGUCAAGGAGCCCGCCGUCAAAAUGUUGGUCCUCAACCUGCUAUGGACCCUUACAUUCUACCCGUCAUGUAUGGUAUGCUCAGAAUCACCAACACCUCAGUCAAGAGUGCUCCCAUGACUUUCAUUCUCAUCACUCGCCGUUCAAGACAUCGCGCUGGUACUCGCUACUUCUCUCGUGGACUGGACGAACAAGGACAUGCUUCCAACUUCAACGAGACCGAACAGAUUGUCAUCUUGAAUGAUGAUGCUUCUAGUGGAAUGACAACCUUCGCUGGCGAUGGUGGCUUUUCCAACAACAAACUCCCUGGCGGAGAGACUCAAGUCUUGUCAUACGUUCAAACCAGAGGCAGUGUUCCGGUCUACUGGGCUGAGGUCAACACCUUGAAGUACACGCCCAAGUUGCAAAUCAGAGGAGUUCAAUCUGCUGUGCACGCAGCAAAGCUACACUUUGACGAACAGAUUAAGCUGUAUGGAGACAACUACCUGGUCAACCUUGUCAACCAAAAGGGUCGUGAGCAGAAAGUCAAGGAAGCCUACGAAGACAUGGUCAAGCUUCUUGUGUCGAACCCUGCAGAGGACACCGAAACCGAUCGCGCAACGAGAGAAAAGUUCCAUAUCCUCGAGCCUCAAGGCGGCCGACAUGAGUUUGACAAGUUGCACUACGUCUACUUCGACUUCCACAACGAGACCAAGGGUUUGAAAUGGCACCGUGCUCAACUGCUUCUCGACCAACUCAAGGAUGGUUUGUUGAAGGGCGAGUAUUUCCGCGGUGUCGACAAGCCAAGCGGUGGUGUUCAAGUUUUGAGCAAACAGAGUGCGGUGGUCCGUACCAACUGUAUGGACUGUCUGGACCGCACCAACGUUGUUCAGUCUAUGCUUGGUCGCUUCACUCUUAGUCGCAUGUUGACUGACGUCGGCAUCUUGAAGGCUGGAGAAAAUGCUCAAGAAGAUGCUGCAUUCGAGCAUUUGUUCCGCAACGUUUGGGCAGACAAUGCAGAUGUGGUCAGCAAAUCUUACUCAGGCACCGGUGCUCUCAAGACAGACUUUACACGUACUGGCGAAAGAACACGCGCUGGCGCAUUGCAGGACUUGAACAACUCAAUCACCCGCUACGUCUGCAACAACUUCCUCGACGGACCCAGACAGGAUGCCUUUGACCUGUUCCUCGGCACGUAUGCACCCGACCCUUCAGGCUUGGGAUCAGCACACCAGUUUGCGGACACAAGACCAGUGCUUAUCCAGGCUUUGCCCUACAUCCUUGCUGCCUGCAUUUUCUUCAUCUUCAUUUCGCUCUUCACACGUCGUCUGCCGGAUGCUACUGUAUGGCCAUUGAGAAUCUUUGUUCUCAUUUGUGUUGUUGGUGCCGCAUGGUCUGGUAGAUUCAUUACCUCUCACGGAGGACUCUACCUCAACACACCAGCACAUGCUCUUGAGAGUUAUCAAGAGAACUUGGAGCGAGUGAGCAGAGAUCCCCUUCUGGGAUCCAUGGUUUCCAAGCACGGUCGCGGCAAGAGCGAUGCUAGACUCGGAUACAUGGAGGAGGGCAAGAAGCGCAGAGAGUAG